GAGCAGAUUGAGGAAAGGGAAAUUUAAAAGAAGGUGAGAGAAUCUGGUGGGCUUUGAGCUGUGAUUUAGCUGUCUAUUAUCAAAUCCCCUCUAACCUCCUCCUCCUCCCACUGGUGCAAACUACAAACACACAUCUCCAAAAUCCCUAGAAAACAGUCCCCACUACUCUUCUCCUCCUCCCCAUUACCCAUUCCCAUUAUCCCAAACCCAAAAUCUCUCUCUCUCUUCUUCUUCUUCUUCUUCUUCUUCUUGUUCCUCAGAUCUCUAGGUCAAUUCAAUCCCCAUUUGCAAUCUCAGCUCAAGAAAUUAAUUUCUUUUGUGUGUAGGGUUUAAAAGACCAACAAAUAAAAAGUGGGCAUUUGAGGAGUCAGAUGUCUGAUGUGAGAUGAAGAAGAAGACCACUCUCUUUGAUUUUUCUCUUCUUCUCCUCACUGCUGCUUUCUUCUUUGCUUCUACCCUCUCCUCAUCCAGCCACAUUAUCAGCCAUGGAAGUCUCACCGACGCCGAGGCCCUCUACAUCAAGCAGCGCCAGCUGCUCUACUACCGGGACGAGUCCGGCGACCGGGGAGAGAUCGUGAAAGUAGACCCUUCUCUGGUUUUCGAAAACAAGAGACUCCGAAAUGCUUACAUAGCAUUGCAAGCUUGGAAGGAGGCUAUUCUCUCCGACCCUUUCAAUCUCACCGGGGAUUGGGUCGGAUCUAAUGUCUGCAGCUACACCGGAGUGUUCUGUGCUCCGGCGCCGGACAACAGCUCUAUCCGAACCGUCGCCGGCAUUGACCUCAACCACGGCGAUAUUGCUGGCUACUUGCCGGAGGAGCUUGGGCUGCUCACAGAUCUCGCAUUGUUCCACAUCAAUUCCAACAGGUUCUGUGGGACUGUGCCGCACAAAUUCCGGAACCUGAAGCUGCUUUUCGAGCUGGAUAUCAGUAACAAUCGAUUUGCCGGUAAGUUCCCGCAUGUUGUGCUUAAGCUUCCUGAGCUGAAAUUCUUGGAUCUGAGGUUCAAUGAGUUCGAGGGGACUGUGCCCAAGGAGCUGUUUGACAAGGACCUGGAUGCUAUUUUCAUCAACCAUAACCGGUUCAGGUUCGAUCUGCCGGAUAAUUUCGGGAACUCGCCGGUCUCCGUCAUCGUUCUGGCCAACAACAAGUUCCACGGUUGCGUUCCUUCCAGCCUGGGCAACAUGUCGAACCUGAACGAGAUUAUUCUGAUGAACAAUGGGUUCAGGUCCUGCUUGCCGGAGGAGAUUGGGAUGCUGAAGAACUUGACGGUGUUCGACGUCAGCUACAAUCAGUUCUUGGGUUCGCUGCCGGACACAAUUGGAGGGAUGGUGAGCCUUGAGCAGCUCAAUGUGGCUCAUAACUUGCUGUCUGGGUCGAUUCCGCCGGCUAUUUGCACGUUGCCGAGGCUGGAGAACUUCACUUACUCUUAUAACUUCUUCACCGGCGAGCCUCCGGUGUGUCUGGCCUUGCCUAGUUUCGAUGACAAGCGGAAUUGCUUGCCGAAUAGGCCGUCACAGAGGUCGGCGGCGCAAUGUAAGUCGUUCUUGUCUAAGCCUGUGAAUUGCAAUUCUUUUGGUUGCAAGCCUUUCACUCCUUCACCGACACCCUCAAUUCCUGUUCCUUCACCUCCGGUUGUGACUCCCUCGCCGCCGGUCUUUGUACCCCAAUCACCACCACCUCCGCCGCCCUCACCUCUUCCCCCAGUUUCCUCACCCCCACCUCCUCCGCCGUCUCCGCCACCACCAGUUUUCUCACCACCGCCGCCGCCACCGUCACCUCUACCCCCAGUUUCCUCACCCCCACCUCCUCCGCCGUCUCCGCCACCCCCAGUUUCCUCACCACCGCCGCCGCCAGUUUACUCUCCACCACCGCCUCCACCCUCACCUCCUCCCCCAGUUUACUCACCACCUCCACCACCACCCUCACCUCCGCCGCCAGUUUACUUACCACCACCACCACCACCUCCUUCGCCUCCUCCACCAUCACCUCCCCCUCCAGUUUCCUUGCCGCCACCUUCUCCACCCCCACCAUCAGUCUCACCGCCAUAUUGCGUCCGUUCCCCACCACCACCGCCCCCAAAUUCACCUCCACCGCCUUCUCCAUUGAGUUCUCCACCUCCACCAGCUCCUUACGUAUACUACUCACCCCCGCCUCCUACUCCACAUUCACCACCUCCACCACCACAUUCACCACCACCACCAAUUUAUCCUUACUCAUCACCUCCACCUCCACCACCUGUCCAUUCCCCACCUCCCCCUUCCCCACCUCCUUGUAUAGAACCGCCCCCACCACCACCUCCUCCUUGCAUUGAAUUACCCCCGCCGCCGCCCCCGCCAUCACCACCACCAUGUCCUGAGUCCUGGGCGCCGCCACCACCUACCUACCAUCACUUGCCACCACCAUCUCCUUCACCGCCACCAACACCAGUGUAUGAGUCUCCUCCCCCACCUCCGGUCCACCAUUCACCACCACCACCGGUUUAUCAAUACAGUUCUCCACCGCCACCAAAUUCACCUCCUCCAUGUGUUGAAGCAAGCCCGCCGCCUCCCACUCCUGUAUAUGAGGGCCCAUUGCCACCAGUCUUUGGAGUUUCAUACGCGUCUCCUCCGCCACCACCCUUCUAUUGAUUCUUUUGAGAAUUUUCCUCCUCUAACCUUUCCUGGAGCACCAACAAACUCAGCGUCAUUGGCAUUUUCUCUGUUGGGCAAUUCUCAUCGCUCAGUGGGAAAACAAAAAAAAAAAAAUGUAUAAUUGAGAUUGUAUUGUAUGCAAUUCCUGGAGUCAUCAUCAUCGGCGACAACAAAUGUCUCAAGAAAAGAACAAAAAGAAAAGGGUGAAAGCAUAGACAUGAAUAUCACUAUAGAUUGAGAGAGGUAAGAGGAGAAAGUCUCUCCCAUAUUUAUUUGAAUUGUUAUGGAUAUUUGGGGUUGUGAAAUAAAAAUGGCAGAGAAAGAGUAGGUUGCAGAGAAUGUUGUAUGUAUAGGGAUGAAUGAAUUCAGGCUACAAACACAGCAGUACCGCCUUCUGCUAGCUGCUUCUGCUGCUGAUUUGUGGUUUUAGGGUUUUAUUGUUAUUGUCUCAUUUAUAUCAUACUUUUGUUUCUUCUCGUUUCCAAAUUCUAUAGUAUAAUCAUGAACACUUUACUUGUAUUAAGUUUCAGAGUUCACAUCAUUCCAAUUCCCUCUUGAUGUUAUAAGAUUAAAA